AAGUGCGCUGGUGAUAUCUUUUACAAAUUCACUACAUCCUUGGUUUGUCACGUGCUUAGACUUGAUGUGACGUCACGCCCCAAUUUGAAUAUGUCAUCGCGUCAAGUUCAACUCCAACAUUUCCUGAGUCCUUAUCGUUCCUCAAUCACCUACAUAUAACUCAUCUGCGCAAACCGCCAUGGCUUCCAUUAUUACCAAUGUUGCACAGGCCGCGCACUCUGCCGCUGCCACGAUGCUCAGCGCUGCCCAGAUCGAGGCAGGCGAGCCGAUCCCCCAGAAGCCCGUAAAGGAAGAAGAUCCCGAGCACGCCAUUACGCUCGAUCUCUCUGGGAAGAAUAUCAUUCUCGGCGUUCCCGGGGCGUUCACACCGCCGUGCAGCUCCCAGGUCCCGCAGUACAUCGCAGACUAUGACAAGUUCAAAGCCAAGGGCGUGCAAAACAUCUAUGUCGUUGCUGUAAAUGAUGCCUUCGUGGUAAAGGCUUGGAAAGAAAAGCUUGCACCACAGGGUACAGGCGUCCGUUUCAUUGCGGAUGAUAAAGGGGAGUUUACCUCUGGCGUGGGACUCCUCUUCGACGCUUCUGGCCUUCUUGGCUCACCUAGAUCCAAGCGCUACGUCAUCGUGGCCCAAGACGGGACGGUCGAGUUCAUCACGGUAGAAGAUCAGCCUGCGAAUAUCACUUCCACCGCUGCGAACGUUGUGAUCGCUCAGCUCUAAAUUGUAAUACAGAUAUGCAGAGAAGUAUUGUAAACCAUUACGUGUAUGAUAUUUUGCGAUCGCGCUCGCCACUUGAUUUGUUGAAGACAAGCAAGCCCUGAGAGGUUGCUCAUAUUGUGCUCCA